AGGAAUUAAGAGGGGUUGGUCCUAAACGAGCCGAUUUAAUUAUAGAAGAAAGGAGCACCGGACCCUACGUUACUCUCGACGACUGCAAGGAGAGGCUCAAGCUCAGUGACAAGAUUUUCACAGCACUUGUCAAAGAAAACGUAACGAACUUCAUAAGCCUGGUACACUGAGCUCUGCCGAGAGAACGGUCACAUUCUCUACAUCUGCCAGUUGUCUACGUUUUCGAGGUAUAUCAGUUGAUGUAUAGCAUUUUGGCAAAUCCAACAGUUCGG